CCAGCAGACGAGCGUUGAUCUACAGGCAGGCAGAACUCAGAACGUAACCAACAAAUUUUCAUUUCAUUCUGUCUAGGCGUAUUGGCAAUCUAACCAAACGAGAAUGAACAUCUCCUGGAUGUUAGUUUCUGGACUAUUCUUGGCUCUUUUGCCCACAAGGACGACAGCAACCCCCCUGUUUCGCUCACAGUCAGACCUUGCACAUUUAUUAGGUGAAGAAUUGUCUGAGUACCCUUCCUCAGAGGAAAGAGAUGUCCCUGCAGUUGUGAAUCCCAAGGUCCGGUUUUUACGGGACCUUAGCCCCGACACCAGGUCAAAGAGGACCUGGGCUCGGCGGCUUUUUAACGACUACAACAAUCCCAGGAAGUUCCGAGGAAUCAAUAAGAAAGGGUCGUCCAAGGGCUGUUUCGGACGCAAGCUGGACAGAAUAGGAGCCAUGAGCGGUCUGGGUUGUUAGAUCUGCGACACCUAGCGACGGAUACCGCGCUGAUGAUGGGCUCUGAAAACUACUUGUGCGUCUUAUUGUCUCCGUAAAAGUACCGUUUAAUAAGAAAACGAUGCCAAUACGUAUUGUCGGUACGACGAACCGCAUCAUCAGCAACUUUACUGGAAAAGAACGCGAAGGAAAACGUUGUAGGAACUAAUGCAGCUGUAAAUUGUCGCUAUUAUGAAUUGAUAAUUUCAUUUCUGCACAAAUGUAUUUAUGUUUAAACUAUUUAUAUGUUUAUAAAGAGAGAUAUUUAUAAAACAAAUCUUAUUUAUGUAACAAACUGAAGAGAGGGUGAAUUGCAGCAGAAAGAAAUACAAAGUUUGUAACAUUUGUCUUAAUAGCUGGUUACGUGUUAAAUUGCAUUUCACAAAAGUCUGAGAAGCCUCCUUAUUUAUUACAAUCCGUGCAAUACAUGAAAAUACUCCACGGUGAUAGUUUGUUGUUGUGUUUUGCUGCGCGUGUUCAAAUUCAGCGCGAUGUUUUUAGCAUUUGUUUCCAUACAAGCAGAACUGUUUGUAGAGAAACUUGGCCCUCGUUCCUUUCUUUCCUUUGCAUCUGAUUCUGCUCUAAAUAUAUUAACAGAUUUGCCGUUGUUCGACAGUCGGUAUUACUGAGCGCGCUUUCUUCAAAAUAGUGAGAUGAUAACUUCACUGAACACCAGGUUCGGUCUGAUGACCGUUUCCCACCCACCCUCUCUACAUGAUUCAGCUUUUCGUCCAGGGCAGCUUUCUGGGCAACAACAAUAAUGAUUAUAAUUACAACGCUGUUUGACAUAGGCUAGGACUGAAUCAGACAUUUCUAAACAAUUUUGAGGGGAGAGCUCGUUCGAAUGUUCCGAAAUUACAUCUUUUUCUAAUAUUGAUCAAAUGGAAGGACUAUUAAUAAAUUUAUUUUCCACGA